ACAAUCCUCAUCCGGACCUCAAAUCCCACUCUCCAUUCCAAUUAACUAAACCAUUUGGGGAACGUUAUCCGGACUGGGACAUUCCUCUUCCCCACUCUCAUCAAGUGCGCGUGAUCCACUCAUCUCAAAUCGUAUGCUCCACGAUUCCCCGUCCCCUGCACUCUCCUACACGCCGCGUGUUACGUCAGCUGACAAUUGAAAUCUAAGCUAGAGAGAUAUAGAUAUAAAGUAAACCGGGAUAUCACCGUGGGAGCGUCACAGCCCCUCUGAUGGCGUGGCACGUGUCCCAGCGCACCCGCUCGAGAACUUUCUUUCCAAACGGGGCAAUCAGAAACCGCCUGUAACGGUCAGAUCCACGACUCUCGUGGGCGCCACGUGUCCUUUGUAAAAUAUCUUUUCCCCUUUGAGGUAGUUUUAGCAUAAUCUUCGAAAUAAGGUGUCGUGGCGGUUGAGUUUUGGAGCACAUUUUUGGUUUAGAGAGAGAAAAUAGAAAGAGAGAGAGUUGAGAGAUACUCAGAAAAGAGGUGCACGAGAAUAUGUCCGAGGUUCAGCGCAGUGACGACGUUGUGUCGGUGGAGCUCCCUGCUCCUGCUUCCUGGAAGAAAUUGUACUUACCGAAAAGGGCUGGUACUCCCAGGAAAAAUGAGAUUGUAUUUAUUGCACCCACUGGGGAAGAGAUCAGCAAUCGCAGGCAACUGGAGCAGUACCUGAAAUCCCAUGAGGGAAAUCCUGCAAUAUCAGAAUUCGAUUGGGGUACGGGUGAGACACCAAGAAGGUCUGCUAGGAUCAGUGAGAAGGUCAAGUUGACUCCUCCAUCUAAGGAGAUUGAGCCACAAACAAAACGGCGCAAAAGAUCAUCAAUAACUAAGAAAGACAAAGAGGCGGAUGCAGGAAAAGAAGCCGGGAAAGAAGAAGCUGUGGGAAUGGAAGUUGAUGAAAAGCAAGAUGCUGGAACUGAAGAGAAGACCGAUGAAGAAAAAGAAACCAAAGUCGGUAGUGAAGACAAACUGCAGGAGGAAACGGCUAAGGUGAGUGAACAAGAUGCCAAAGUUGAAGUGAAUGGUCAGCAGCAAGAGGUUUUGGUGACUGAUGCUGAUGUGCAGAGUGAGGCCAAGGACGACAAACCUGAGACAAAUGAGGAGGGUGACAAGACUGAAAAAUUUAAUAGCACUGAAUAUGCUUCACACGCUGGAGAAAAAGUUGAAGAUGACAAAAAGGUAUCUGAGAAUGUGGAGGAACCAGUAUCUGAGGCUGCUCCACACUCUUCUACCGAACUUACCAAGCCUGAUGAAGCUGAUUAUCAUGAUCAGGGAGCUGAAACGGUGGUUGUGAAUGGGGUGGCGCCUGUAUCUACUCAUGAAAUAAAUGGAAUCCAGGACGACAGUAGUAAAACGAGCAUGCAGGUGCAGGAACCAGAACAGGAACAAGGAAAGAAUUUGAAGGCGGAGUCCAUGGAUAAUGGCAAGGUGAACCAAUCGCCACAUCAUCCCUCUCCAACUCCCAUUAGUUGCUGAAUGUUGUUAAUGUAGAUCAUCUAAGCGUCUUGUACCGUUUUCUGAUUUUGAAGAUACUCCAAACUUGGAUGACUGUAAUCUUAAUGUAACUAGGAGCUGUUAGAAUUGUUCUUAGAUAGGGACUUGGUUAUGUUUUACAUUCGACAUUCGUAGCUUUUGUAUUCCGGUGUUGUGGAUAUCAUGUUAUAUUAUAUGCCAUGCCGGGCCAGGUCGACUUAUCCGGUGUGCUUAGCUAUUA